AUGGAAUACUGGUGUGGUAUGCACAAUAUGGAAGCAACACGGGACAGUGAUUCUCCGAAGACAGGUGGUCAUGACCAGUUCAGAUGGAGACCUCGUGUUCUCCUGCGCUGGAAGAUAUGGGUGGCAACCGGGGUCAAUGGCAUUCUCGUUGUCAGUUUCUAUCCAGAUCACCUGGAUGGGUCUCUGAAGGUGUAG